GACGACGACAGUGAUGGAUCAUCAUCGAUAUCAAGUUCUGAAGAAGAUUCUGACCCUUCCUCCUCAUCUGACAAUGAUCAAUCUCCCCAAUGGCGCCGCAAGAGUAAGAAGAAAUGCCAACCUCGUGCCCGCCCCCUUAAGUGAGUUUUGUUGUCUUGUCCUUUGCGAUGACUUCUUUGAAGGAGUUGGUAUAGAUCAUCUUCAAUAUCCACUCAUGUCAGUCCGAAGUCACCAUCCAAGACCUUGUCGGAAUCAGAACAGCGACAUAUGGAGGAAGCCCUGGCAUCUAUACGAUUACGAGCUAGAUAUAAUGACCCUUAUGAAGACUGGGAAAGAAAUAUUCGGGGGGAAUCUUUCCGAACAGCCCGGAAGAAUCACGCCACCUCCCAGUCACUUCUUCAUGAUGCUCAGGACAAUAUCAGACGACGAGAAUUGGGCCUGCUUCAAGAGAAACGCGCGGAGGAGCAGCGUGCCGUUGACGCGGAACUGUCCGAAUGGAGGUCCAGACAUCAACAAGACGAAGCUGCAAUGCGUCAACAGUGGAAAGAACGACAGGAUAUAUUAUGGAAACGAAUAGAUGCAGCAAUUGCGCUAGAUGUUGACAAAUUCAAAAAGAAGAUGGAGGAGGAGCAGCGUAUUCGUGAUGAGGAACAGAGAAAGAUCAAAGAAGCCGAACUGAAACGGCGGCUGGAGGAGGAGAAGAAACGUGCGGAAGAGGAGAAGAAGAAGCAAGAGGAGGAGGAGGAGAAGAGGAAAAAGGAGGAGGAGGAGCGAAGAGAGAGGGAGGAAAUGGAAAGAGUAGAGGCUGAGAAGAAGGUUAGACAAGAGAAACUCGAGGCUGAGAAAGGAACGAGAGAACAAUUGGGCAUGAGUACUGCAGACCACGAUUGGCGUGAGGCUAGGAAGACUCUACAGGCGCUCAAGACUGAGGUUCUUUCUAUUGUUAAGAACAAGCACGGGAACUCAGCGGAGAUGAAAUUGAGUUGGGGUACCUUUCGUCGUCAAAUUACCCCCAAGAUGGGACAAUUAACGCAUGAUGAAGCUACUAUUAGCCGCAUUUCAACACAGCUCGUCCAAAUUUUGUUACCUCCACAAGGACAUCAUCCAGCCAUUUAUGCUGCACUUUUAUCCACACUUGCCAAGGCCAUCAUUCUUCAGGCCGAAACCGAAGUCACGGCAGAGAAGAAAUCCGCUUAUCCACUAUCCAAAGUCGCAUUCAACCUCCUUGAGACCCUGGACGGCUUCGGCCAGGUCUUCUGGGCGCGGAUUGUGGCUCGAACUGGGGGCUGGGCUGUGCCUACUCUCAUCGGCGACAAAGAUUGGGAUGAGAAACCGUGGAGUGACGCGGUCGAGAAGAAGAAAGCGAUGGGAUAUCGGCAGUUGACAGCUAACGACGGCGAUCUGGUGUGGGAGACUGAGGAGAUGUAUAUCUUGCGGUUAACCGGGGUUAUGAGAGUAUACCUUGGUAUACUGGCGAUUCAACCACAAAAGGGCCCGUUGAAUGGGUCGAUGUGGCGGACGCCAAUGUUUUGGGUGUGGAUUGCUAGGCUGCUUGGCUCGGAUGGAGGAGGAUGGGCCAUGCUAGAACGGGCAAUUGGAGCAGAGCUUUUGGCUACCGGCCUGUCUGUUCUCGGGUCCAAUGCGAAGGAUAUGUGGGGCCAACAGUUUGUGAAAGUGUUGGCGCUUAUCCGUGAGGGCACUAUUACGGGGAUGGGCGAUGGCAAGAAGAUUGGGGGUAGUACUCCGGAAGGCUCUGCAGCGAGGGCGAGAGUGUUGUUAGAGGUCGAGCGAAUUAUGGGACCAUAGAUACGAGCCGAGCUCCAUUCCAGGACUCUCUCCUUUGUCUGACUACCAUUUUCACGGCGCAUUUAGUACUCAAUUGCAGACUCGAUCAAUAUAUGGCGGCGACCAUCCAUACAUUCUAUGCUGAAGGUAC